ACGAACGGGUCACCCACCAUUCGUAGCCUGCACUGGCAAAUAUAGCCCGCUAGAUCAAGAUCCAACGGCCAGAACACUCCCAAUACACGUCACGGCUUCCCCAUUUCCAAAUCUCCCCAAAGCUAAACAAAGAAGAAAUCAUCGCCGGAAAAGUCUCCCACACUAGACACACUCUUUAACGACUAGACCAUCAGUCCUGACGGACACUGAUAAAGUAAGCAAUGAUGCCGCCGGAGCUGCAGCCGCGGUUGUUCCGUCCGUACAUCUCAACGGCGGCGAGCGCUUCUUCUUCUCUCUUCAGCAAUGGUUCCCCGAACCCUAGCCCCACCGACUCCCGCUUCAGCAACGGCGCUGCUGCUUCUAGAUCUCUCAAGAACUCGCGAUUCACGGCCGCCGCCUUCGCGCACAACGCCAGAAUGGCCGUCGCGCUCGUCCCCUGCGCCGCCUUCCUCCUCGAUCUCGGCGGCACUCCGGUCGUCGCGACCCUAACCCUAGGCCUGAUGAUCUCCUACAUCAUCGACGCCCUCAACUUCAAGUCCGGUGCCUUCUUCGGCGUCUGGUUCUCCCUCGUCUUCUCUCAGAUCGCCUUCUUCUUCAGCUCGUCGCUGUUGACCUCCUUCAAUUCGUGGAUUCUCGCCGGCCUCGCCGCCUUCCUCUGCGCCGAGACCAAUUUCUUGAUCGGCGUCUGGGUCUCCCUCCAGUUCAAGUGGAUUCAAAUCGAGAAUCCUUCAAUUGUGCUCGCCCUCGAGCGCCUCCUCUUCGCCUGUGUCCCCUUCGCCGCCUCCUCACUCUUCACUUGGGCCACCAUCUCCGCCGUCGGUAUGAGCAAUGCUUCUUACUACCUCAUGGCCUUCAGCUGCGUUUUCUAUUGGCUCUACUCCAUCCCUCGCAUUUCGUCUUUCAAGACCAAGCAGGAUUCCAAGUACCACGGCGGCGAGGUUCCCGAUGAGAAUUUGAUACUCAGCCCCCUCGAGAGUUGCAUCCACACUCUGUAUCUGCUGUUCUUCCCGCUACUCUUCCACAUUGCCUCUCACUACUCCAUCAUGUUCUCUUCCGCCGCCGCGGUUUCCGAUUUGUUCCUGCUCUUCUUCAUUCCUUUCCUGUUCCAGCUCCUGGCCUCUACCAGGGGAGCCCUCUGGUGGGUCACGAAGAAUCCGAACCAGCUGCGAGGAAUUCAAGUCAUGAAUGGCGCCGUUGCUUUGGUUGUUGUUGUAAUCUGUUUGGAGAUUAGAGUCGUUUUCCAUUCAUUUGGGCGGUACAUUCAGGUGCCUCCGCCUUUGAAUUACCUUUUGGUGACUACUACAAUGCUUGGAGGUGCAGCUGGAGCUGGUGCCUAUGCGCUGGGUAUGAUAUCUGAUGCCUUCAGCUCCCUGGCUUUCACUGCUCUGGCUGUUGUAGUUAGUGCUGCUGGAGCUAUUGUUGUCGGAUUUCCUGUUUUGUUCCUUCCACUGCCUUCAGUUGCUGGCUUCUAUUUGGCUCGCUUUUUUACAAAGAAGAGUGUUCCAUCCUACUUUGCUUUUGUUGUGCUUGGGAGCCUGAUGGUUACAUGGUUUGUAAUGCACAAUUUCUGGGAUCUAAAUAUUUGGAUGGCAGGCAUGUCCCUGAAAUCCUUCUGCAAACUUGUUAUUUUGAAUGUUGUCUUGGCCUUGACUAUUCCUGGUCUAGCUCUACUUCCUUCGAAGCUCCACUUUUUGACAGAGAUUGGUUUAGUCACUCAUGCAUUGCUUUUAUCUCACAUUGAGAACCGAUUUUUUAAUUACUCUGGGAUAUAUUAUUAUGGAUUUGAGGAUGAUGUAAUGUAUCCAAGCUACAUGGUUCUCGUGACAACAUUUGUGGGUUUAGCUUUGGUGAGAAGACUGUCUGCGGAUCAUCGAAUUGGUGCGAAGGCAGUUUGGAUUUUGACAUGUCUUUAUUCUGCAAAGCUGGGUAUGCUAGUGAUUUCAUCAAAGUCGGUUGUCUGGAUGUCAGCUGUUCUAUUGUUGGCUGUAACGCCACCAUUGCUUCUCUACAAGGAUAAGUCAAGGACAGCCUCAAAGAUGCAAACCUGGCAAGGUUAUACACAUGCAGGUGUGGUUUCCUUAUCAGUUUGGUUUUGUCGUGAAACAAUCUUUGAAGCCUUGCAGUGGUGGAAUGGAAGAGCUCCCUCUGAUGGCCUACUCCUGGGCUUCUGUAUUGUCUUGAUGGGCUUGGCUUGUGUCCCUAUUGUGGCUCUCCACUUCUCUCAUGUCUUGCCUGCGAAGAGAUGCUUAGUGCUGGUGGUGGCUACUGGCUUGCUCUUUAUCCUUUUACAACCACCUAUUCCAGUAUCAUGGACUUACCGGUCUGACCUAAUUAAAGCUGCCCGUCAGUCUGUUGAUGACGUCUCCAUAUACGGGUUCAUCGCACCAAAGCCUAUGUGGCCAUCAUGGCUGCUAAUUGUGGCUAUCCUGCUUACUCUAGCUGCUGUUACAUCUGUUAUACCAAUCAAAUACAUGGUUGAGUUGAGAGUGUUUUAUUCCAUAGCCAUGGGACUUGCUCUAGGUAUCUACAUAUCUACUGAGUUCUUCCUCCAGGCAGCUGUCCUGCAUGUCCUCAUUGUUGUAACCAUGGUGUGUACCUCUGUGUUUGUGGUUUUCACUCAUUUCCCAUCUGCCUCAAGUACGAAGCUGCUUCCAUGGAUAUUUGCUUUACUAGUAGCUCUCUUUCCUGUGACAUAUCUUUUGGAGGGCCAAGUGAGAAUUAAAAGCAUUCUUGGGGAUGGUGGAUUUGGAGACCUGGGAGAAGAAGAGAGGAAGCUUACAACUCUAUUUGCUGUUGAGGGGGCAAGGACAUCUCUUCUUGGUCUUUAUGCAGCAAUUUUCAUGCUAGUAGCUCUGGAGGUAAAGUAUGAACUCGCCUCAUUAUUGAGGGAAAAGGCUACUGAAAGGAGUGGAAUCAGACACAGUCUUUCUGGUCAAAGCACAUCUACUAGCUUUCCUUCAAGAAUGAGAUUCAUGCAACAGCGCCGGGCUUCUAGUAUCUCAUCCUUCACAAUCAAGAAAAUGACUGCUGAGGGAGCAUGGAUGCCAGCAGUUGGUAAUGUUGCUACUGUGAUGUGCUUUGCCAUAUGCAUCAUCUUAAAUGUCAAUCUCACAGGUGGCUCAAAUCGUGCAAUAUUCUUCCUGGCACCGAUUUUGCUGCUACUCAACCAGGACUCAGAUUUUGUUGCUGGGUUUGGGGACAAGCAGAGAUAUUUCCCUGUUACAAUAGUUAUAUCAUCCUACCUAGUCAUCACUGCUGUGUACAGCAUAUGGGAAGAAAUCUGGCAUGGGAAUGUAGGUUGGGGAUUGGAAAUCGGUGGUCCAGACUGGUUCUUUGCUGUGAAGAAUUUGGCACUCCUUAUUCUUACAUUCCCGAGUCAUAUCCUUUUCAACAGGUACGUGUGGAGUUUAACAAAGCAGACAGACUCAACUCCAUUGAUAACUAUGCCCCUUAAUUUGCCAUCUGUAAUAAUAACAGAUGUGCUGAAGGUUAGGAUAUUAGGUCUCUUAGGAAUUAUUUAUUCCCUAGCCCAGUAUCUAGUAUCUAGACAACAGUACAUCUCAGGAUUGAAGUAUAUUUAGACAAACACAUACUCUGUACUAUAUGUUUUGGCAAUUUUCAGAUCAGGAGUGAAAAAGUUCAGGUUUGUUCCUUUGUUUCAA